AUGGCCAUCUCCCUGCUGCUGGUAGCAGCGCAGAGUCGUCGUGAAAUAGAACUUAUGAUAGCAGAGAAAGCGAAGCAGGGUAAGGGGUAUGGGAGGGCUGGACGUGGAACAGUGGUAGUGGGAGAGGGGAAACUAGCAUAUCUGUCUGCUAAGAUUGGCGCGGGUAAUGCGCGCAGUCUGGGGUUGUUUCUGAGUUUGGGGUUUACGAAGGUGUCUGAUGAGCCGAAUGUGUUUGGGGAGGUGGAGUUAAGGAGGGGAGGAUUGGGUGGGGAUGAGGGAGGGCAGUUGUUGAGAAGAUGUGGGGUGGAGGAGUAUAUGGAGGGUGGGCUAUGA